GGGCACCGGCGACCAUGCCUUGAUGCCCGCCACCCUCCCCAGCGGUGUCCAUGGCGGUGGCAAGGAAAAUAAAAACUUUGUUGACUGUGAACAUUUUGGUCUUUGUGGGGAUCAUCCUCUUCUCAGUCUACUGCAGGAUCCAGGAUCGUUCCCAGGAGUUGGUGCAGAUCGUCAGGAGCGCCGACCGGCGGGUGAGGAGCCGGAAUACCAAGGUGGGAGCCCUCCUGGACAGGGAGUCUAUCCUGCAGCGGCUGGACCACCUGGAGGAAGUUGUGUACAACCAGCUCAAUGGUCUAGCCAAGCCAAUGGGAUUAGUUGAAGGCCCUGGAGGCUUGGGCCAAGGAGGGAUGGCUGCUACCCUGAGAGACGAUAGUCACGAAUCUGAAACAAAGUAUGAAGAAUAUGGUUAUAAUGCCCAGCUAAGUGAUCGGAUUUCACUGGACAGGUCUAUUCCUGACUACAGACCAAAAAAGUGCAAACAGAUGUCCUAUCCCGAUGACCUGCCCCAGAUCUCGGUGGUCUUUAUUUUUGUAAAUGAGGCCCUAUCUGUCAUCUUGCGCUCAGUACACAGUGUUGUGAAUCACACCCCAUCCCACUUGCUCAAGGAGAUUAUCUUGGUGGAUGACAACAGUGACAAUGUUGAGCUGAAGUUUAAUUUGGACCAGUAUGUCCACAAGAGAUACCCAGGGCUGGUGAAAAUAGUUCGUAAUAACAAACGAGAAGGGCUGAUCCGAGCCAGAAUCCAAGGUUGGAAGGCAGCAACAUCACCAGUGGUUGGGUUUUUUGAUGCUCACGUCGAGUUCAACACCGGCUGGGUGGAGCCGGCACUUACCCGCAUCAAAGAAGACAGGAAACGGAUCAUCCUUCCAGCUAUUGACAACAUAAAGUACAACACGUUUGAAGUGCAGCAAUACGCCAAUGCAGCUCAUGGCUACAACUGGGGACUCUGGUGUAUGUACAUAAUCCCACCGCAAGACUGGCUGGACAAGGGGGACGAGUCUGCACCCAUCAGGACACCAGCCAUGAUUGGUUGUUCGUUUGUGGUGGACAGAGGGUACUUUGGUGAGAUUGGACUUCUUGACCCUGGAAUGGAAGUUUAUGGGGGAGAAAACAUUGAACUUGGUAUGAGGGUCUGGCAGUGUGGCGGAAGCAUGGAGGUGCUGCCUUGCUCCCGAGUCGCCCACAUUGAGCGCACCAAGAAACCUUACAACAACGACAUUGACUACUAUGCAAAGCGCAACGCGUUACGUGCUGCUGAAGUCUGGAUGGACGACUUCAAGUCGCAUGUUUACAUGGCGUGGAACAUACCAAUGACGAACCCCGGAGUUGACUUUGGAGAUGUUUCUGAAAGAAUUGCUCUGCGGCAACGUCUUCAGUGCCGAAGUUUUAAGUGGUACUUGGAGAAUGUCUAUCCCGAGAUGAGAAUUUACAACAAUACCAUCACUUAUGGGGAGGUUCGCAACAGCAAAGCCAGUGGCUUCUGUUUGGACCAGGGUGCAGAAGAUGACGACAAAGCCAUUCUCUACCCGUGUCAUGGCAUGUCCUCCCAGCUUGUUCGUUACAGCUCUGAAGGACUUCUGCAACUGGGCCCGCUGGGAUCUACUGCAUUUCUGCCUGACUCCAAAUGUCUCGUCGAUGAUGGGAAAGGAAGGACCCCCACUCUGAAGAAAUGUGAAGACACGUUGAGGCCAGCACAGAGACUGUGGGAUUUUACACAGAAUGGCCCAAUUAUCAGCCGAGACACUGGCCGGUGUCUAGAAGUAGAGAUGUCCAAGGAUGCCAACUUUGGGCUCCGAUUAGUCGUACAAAGAUGCUCGGGGCAGAAAUGGAUGAUCAGAAACUGGAUCAAGCAUGGCCGGCAUUGAUCUAGAGCUGGGAAGAUGCUUACUCUUCUGGAGUCCUUUGACCAGUACGUGGGCGCCCCUCCAAGAGAUUCAGGUUAAAGAGGACUAUUGCGAUGAGAAGACGACAGCUCAUUGAAGGAGAAGGAUUACUGCUGGGCACAUGUUGUUUUAUUUUAUUUUUAAAGAAAGGAAAGAUGGAGACUGGCAUUCCACCUAAGGCCUCAGAAGUGAUACACCUGUACCUAGACCGUAUCAUUUCAGACUAGGGCUUAUAGGCACACAUGAUACAAUCAUCUCUCCAUUAAGGAAAAGAAAUCCCUGCAUAUAGAAAACUAGCAUGUCAGGGGGGAAACUCAUCUCUUUGAUAUGCUCUUUUCUAAGUUCAAUAAGUUCUAAGUUCCUAAGGAGGAACUUUCAAUCACGUGAGUCUGAAGUGGCAUAGUCCGAGCAAUGGUUUACCACCUUGGUGAGAGCUGAGCCUAACCUAUCCUCAUAACAGUGGAUGCCCAAGAAAGACUUGUGCAAGCUUUCUGCUUUUUUGGAACUCAGUUGGAGAGGAACCACAGAAGCCAGACCACUUUCUGGGAGGAAACAGGAGGGCAGCCAUGUUUGGGUCAGGUUUGCAGGACAGAUCAGUCUCGUGCCUGACUGAAGAAGGUCCCUGGGGCAGAAGGAUCUGUUAGCUUUAAGUUGCUGACCGAUGCACAACUCUAAUGGUGAACAGAACCGUGUGCCUUUUAUACUGUACUUCCUAUCCAAGCGGACUGGGGAAAUCCCGCCUCUUCAGCAUGUCUGAACAAUA